AGGGCUCCGACCUCGUCGAAUCCAUGUUAUCGCGAGAACUACGCAGCCGUAUAAAUUCUCUCAUCGAGGCUAUCAGACUCUGUACUCCUUUUGCUCCUUUGACUGUCGGUGCUGUGGGAACAAAGCUGAGACUGAAGAUGUCUGCUGGAAAUGCUCAGAUUGGAAAGCCGGCCCCGGACUUCACAGCCAAAGCGGUGAUGCCAGACGGACAGUUCGGUGACGUAAAGCUGUCGGACUACAGAGGGAAAUAUGUCGUCUUUUUCUUCUAUCCGCUGGACUUCACCUUUGUGUGUCCGACUGAGAUCAUUGCUUACAGCGAUGCUGCCGAGGAUUUCAGGAAGAUCGGCUGUGAGGUCAUCGCUGCCUCUGUUGACUCACACUUCUCCCACUUUGCAUGGACCAACACACCACGUAAGCAGGGUGGUCUGGGGGCCAUGAAGAUUCCCCUGGUGUCUGACACGCGACGCACCAUCUCCACGGAUUAUGGUGUCCUAAAAGAGGAUGAGGGCAUCGCCUAUAGAGGUCUGUUCAUCAUUGAUGACAAGGGCAUCCUGAGACAGAUCACCAUCAAUGACCUGCCGGUGGGACGCUCUGUUGAGGAGACAAUGCGUUUGGUCCAGGCUUUUCAAUUCACAGACAAGCAUGGAGAAGUCUGCCCUGCCGGCUGGAAACCAGGAAGUGACACCAUCAAGCCCGAUGUCCAGAAGAGCAAAGACUUCUUCUCCAAGCAGUAAUAAACCCAGAGCCAGAGUCUGCAGCCUGCUGUAGGAGAUUUCAUUUAGAGAUUACAUUUCCAGAGAAUAUUAACGUCGGCUGCUGUGUCUGUGCGGGGAGUGGUUAGGACAGUUGUUGAAGUAAACAGGUUGUGUUUCAUGUUGUGUGUUUAGUGUCGCGGUGCACUUAUGACCAAAGUACUGUAUAUGAUUGUGUAGUUCUGUUGCGGUGAUGUUUGCUAGUUACUCUAUAAGACUUUGCUAAAUGUCUGUUUUACUCUUUUAUGUCAUUCCUCACAAGAAAGGUCCACAAAUGCUUUUUUUUUUUUAAUAAAGCCGCAGCACACAAUCUCUAUUACGAUUUUUUAAAUUUUGUCCUUCAGUGGACAAAACCACAUUCUUUCAUCAUAUCUUUCUACAGUUUGUAACACUUCUACUGGACAUUUAUUAAAAAAAACUCACAGCUGA